ACGACUCGACCCCAUACAUUAUGUAAACAUGCAUUUCAAAUUAUUAGCUGACUUCGGAAAUGAAUUUAGAGUAAACACUUACAUCUACGAGUUUUUGAGCAACGAGUACCGCCCCAGCAUUAUCGAGUUUCACUAUAAGAUUUGCGACGCUUUUGACAACCCAAAAUUUAACGUAUUCAAGCCAAUUUACCAACAAUACGUAAAUGCUUCGUCGUGUCCUUUUCCGAAGGGAGAAUACAAUUUCAUGAACAUAUCAGUGCCCAACAUGCCGCUUCUAAAAACGUUUCCCUUGCGCAAAGGCCGUAUGUUCACGACUGUACUGCACCGCGAAGACAGAGUGGUCGAAGGGUACAUUGAUAUAGUUAUUAAACAACGGUUCUUGUAG